CACUAGUCGCGCCUCGUCAAAUGGGAUGUGCACUCUGAAAGCUUAGGACCUCCGCAGUGAAGGAGAAAAAGACUUUCGUGGUUUACGAUUUCAAAAAGAGAAGAAAACAUGAUAUUUCGUUGACUUUUCGCCUGCUCUUUGUUGCUUUUUGCUGCCGGAGUUUUCUUUCGGAAUAAGUUGUCGCCACGUUUGGAUGUAUGUAGAGCGCGCUACUGUGACGGAGAAUGAAGUGGAGACGCUUUAGGUCCCAUUGUGGAUGAUGUCCCGAAAUGAACGCCGAUUAUCAGAAGCCACCUUUAUCUCCUAAGCCAAAGAUUCUCAAUCACCUGUCUAUCAAGCUGCCUUCAUCCCUGAUGUCAAGACCCUGCUCCUCAGCUCGGGGUCCCAAACCUCCUGUGGCACCAAAACCCAGACUGCAGCAUGACCUGGAGGAGACAAACUGCCCUAAUGCCAACAGUAGCAUCAUGACCAGCACCAAUGGAGACCUGGCCUGCUCUGAGGAAGAGAUAGACCAGGACAAUGAAUUUGAGGACCUCCUGGCGGCAGACAAGCGGUACUUUCUGUUCUCCACCAACCACCUCACAGACUGUACCGAGUCCUGCGAGGAGGGGGAGGUAGAGCAAACAGUGGAGUUUCCGUCUGAUGUUAACGUUCUCUGCUCCAAUAAUAAUGAAGCAAAACUGGAGGGGAUGGCGGAAGGGGAAGUGGAAUUGAUGGAUUCAGCUGACACGGACAGCACAGAUUCUGUGGAUGCCGUCGAUAUCAGUGAUGUGGACUCUGUUGCAGACUCGACUGACGGUGUUGAAAUCAGUGAUAUUGAGUGUGGGGAUGACAUCAUUGCAGAAGACUGUGAUGCUGGUGAGGCGCUGGCAGACACUGAUGGACUCUCAGAGUGUGAUGUAGUUUCCAACAAUGAGGGAUCGCCAGAUUGUCUGUGUGAGACAGGAGAGGAGUCAUGCCUGACAGAAGAGGAUGAAAACACAGCUGAAGAGCCACCCAGUGACAGAGGUGUGGCAGUGGAACAGCUCCACCAUGAGGAGGAGGAGACUUGCUUUAGGGUCCUAUGCGUUAGCGACUUCAGAAGCCGAUCUGAUGAGGAGGAUGAGACCUCUGGUACAGAAUGCUCAACGUUUGAGGGGGCUCCUAAUGAAACAGAGUAUGUUAACAGCUGCAUCCCCGUUCUACCACAUGUGGAGUGUCCUUAUGAUGUAAUUGGCCCUCCGUGUGAUUCCCACGUUCCCAAGAGGCCGGGGGAUUUUUUCCAACCGUACUCGGUCAUAGACACAGUGCCUGGCGCAUACGCAGCCAGUGUCACAGACAUUGUGGCAAACUGUGAUGAGGAAAAUGGUUAUAACACAGUAAACAUGUUGGAGGACCAGGCUGCCGCAAACUCGGAACUGUAUUAUGUCUCGUCAAAUGAUGUGGCUGGUGUGGAGGACAACCAGGCACAUGUAAAGAAGGAAAUAAAUCACAAAUCUCCUGAUAUACAACAUUCCCAACUGGGUCCCCGUGAAAAGCCCCAGAUUAGCAAGGACAAAGAGGAGGUUGAUGACUACGCAGAUAUUGAUGACUCAUUCUGUAAGGAUUCAGAGGAUCUACAGAGUCUCGAGUGUGCUUCAUCUGAGGACUAUGUCGAAAUAGGUGACGAUGAGGAUGAAGAGACCAAUCAACAACUAAGGGACCAGAAAAGAAAAGGGAAGGACUGUGAAUCUGCAAGCAAACAAGGCCAUACCUUACUCAAUCAGCUCAAUAGCCACCCCCACUUCAGACUGUGCUCCAUUACUGUGCCAGCUAACCUGGACUUAGGCAGAGCAUCCGAGCUUACCAACAGGCUGGUGCUUGCUGACACCACAGACGCUUUUCAGGAGGAAAUUGACUUUGACGGCCAUAUUGUGCCUUACUACGAGGGCAGUGAUACAGAAAGAGACAAUAUCAGUGAUGAGCAUGUCUAUGAAGAGGCUGGGCUGGACUCCGAAGGAGAAAAUUUCCUUUCUUUAGAGAGAAAGUGCAUGGUGACACGGUCACGGUCUCUCUCAUGCAAAAUGCCUGGUUAUGUCCCCGAAACAGUACCUGAGGAGACAGGCUCAGAGUAUCAAACGCAUGACUACUGCACAGUGGCUUUAGAUAAGAGUGGCGACCCACCUAGUGACAGUGAAAAGCCAGAGGCAAACCAGAUGUUUCCCUCUUCAAAGCCAAGGCGUUUUGUUUUGUACCCUCGGUCCUAUUCGGUCGAGGGACGGGACGUUCCAAUGUCAGUUUAUGCCGAGGGCUCCCUGGCAGGGGAGGCCAGAAUGAAGAGGAAGGAUGACAACCUCUCUCUACCUUGCGUCAUUGCCUCCUCUGGAAGUUUUUCUCAGAGAGGCUUUCACCCCUCCAGCGGGCUGUCCACCCCAACGUCAGCAGUAGAGAUCCCACCCCCUUUUGAGCUGGCCUAUAUCACCAAGAAGCCCAUCACCAAGAGCUCCCCAUCUCUCCUGAUCGAGAGUGACUCUCCAGAGAAGCAGAAGAAGAAGAAGUCCUCCUUCAAGCGCUUCUUGGCUCUCAAAUUCAAGAGGAAGACAGAGAGCAAGGCCCAUGUGGAUGUCAGCAUCCCCUCUUCUCGCUCAUCCUCAGAGUCAAGUCACCACGGGCCCCUGCGUGUCCUGGAUAUUGACCGAAGGAGCAUGAACAGCUCCCCACAGCUGCAGUCUCGAUCGGGGAUGCCACAUCGAUCAUCUGAUGUGCCUUCCACCUUUCUGUUGUAUAAGGAUGGGCCAAGGAGAAAAGUUGACCCCAAGGUCUUUGGUAACAGGAGUGUAUUGAGAGUGGAGUCUUUCGAGGACAGGUCCCGUCCACCCUUGAUGCCACUACCACUGACCAAGCCACGGUCUAUCUCCUUUCCAAAUGCAGACACAUCAGACUAUGAGAACAUUCCUGCCAUGAGCUCUGACUAUGAGAACAUCCAGAUUCAACCUCAGAGGCCUGCUCGUGCUGGAACCUUUGGGGAAUACUUUGACGACCCCAACCGGGCACUCUCCUCUGCUAAUGACACUGAUGGCUACGUGGACAUGAGCAGCUUCACAGGGUUUGAAAGCAAACCUCAAACACCCGAUCAAGAGUCUGAAAGUACCUAUACGGAGCCCUACAGGGCGUGUCCUGUGGCACCCAGGCCCUCGGGCGAGGCUGCGGGUGAGUCAGUAGGUGAGGAAGACCAAGGCCGGACCUCAGAGGAAGAAGAUGGCUGUGCAGAAUACAAUUAUGACAAACAGAUCGAUGGGCGAUCCAGAGCAUUCUACAUUGCCAAAGGUCUGAUGGAUUCAGAGAAACAGCAUGUAAAAGGUCUCAAGAUGCUACAUGAGGACUUUAGGGCUGCGGUGGGGGCAGCUGUGGAGGAGGAGGGGGGUCCCGUUCUGGAGCCGGGCAGGCUGGAAGAGAUCCUCAGCCACCUGCCGGAGGUGUAUAAGCUGCACUGCCACAUCCUGACAGACCUGGAGACCCGCCUGAGACAGUGGGAAGAGAGCCAGAAGAUAGCAGACGUGAUCUUGUCUCGACGAACAGAGUUCACUAUUUUCACCACCUACAUCUCAGAGUAUGACCGGAGCAUGGCCUUGCUGGAUGAAUCCUGCCAAAACUCACCCACCUUUGCCACUGUUGUCAAGAAGUUUGAGGAGAAGCUGGCAGGUGUAAAUGUCCCCCUGAAACACCAGCUGCUGCAGGUUGUUGUCCGUGUGCUCCAGUACCGCAUGCUGCUUACAGAUUACCUGAACAACCUCUCCCCAGAUUCAGCAGAAUAUGAAGAUACGCAAGCUGCCUUGGUGAUCGUCUCAGAUGUUUCAGACCAGGCUAAUGACAACCUGAAACAAGGGGAGAAUUUGCUGCGGUUAGUCCAUAUUGAAUACAGCAUAAGGGGUCAGAGAGACGUGCUCCAACCAGGAAGGGUAUUUGUUAAAGAGGGCACUUUGAUGAAAGUUUCCAGGAAAAGCAGACAGCCACGCCACCUAUUUCUGAUGAAUGACGUGAUGCUGUACACGUUUCCACAGCAGGACGGCAAAUACAGGCUGAAGAACACCCUCUCUCUGACUGGAAUGAAGGUCAGCAAGCCCUCUAUAGAGAAUGUGCAGAACGCUCUGAAGAUCGAGGUGAAUGAUAUCUCCAUCACGCUCUCUGCCAGCUCAUACGGGGAGAGAGAGGACUGGUUUCACACGCUCAUUCGGACCGUGGCGGACCACGCAAGACCACCUGGGUCUUUCAGCAGCUACAGCAGUGAGGCACGGGAGAAGCUGUGGAUGUGUCUGGGGGAGAAAGCUCCCACCCUGGUGCCCGUUUCUCAUGUGAUGAUGUGCAUGAACUGCACCUCCGACUUCUCCCUCACCCUCCGGCGCCACCACUGCCACGCCUGUGGGAAGAUCGUCUGCCGAAGCUGCUCCAGGAACAAGUACCCUCUCAAGUACCUGAAAGACAGGGUGGCCAAGGUGUGUGACCGCUGCUACGCUGAGCUGAAGAAGAGAGGGGGAGCCGUCACUGGGGUGGCCGGUGACGGCAGUCCUCGACCCAACCGGUCCAGUCGACCGCUUUCUGCUGUCUUCCAGAGCAUCCACCCGCCCAGCCUGUGGAAGCACCGGAAGAGCACCUCCGCUCUGAGCCAGGUGCCGGCGUCGGCUGAGGGUUGCACCAUGAGUGGCAGCCUGCAUCGCUGCAAGAGGAGCAAGAAAAACUGGAAGAAACUGUGGUUCCUCAUCAAAGACAAGGUGCUUUACACCUUCACAACACGCGAGGAUAAAGUAGCGUCUGAGAGCUUGCCUCUGCUUGGCUUCACUGUGAAACUGCCAGAGAAGGUGGAAGGAGAGGAGACUGCCAAUAUCUUCCAGCUUUACCAUAAGAAGACCCUUUUUUAUACCUUUCGAGCCGAGGACACAAGCACUGCACUCAGGUGGGUCAACGCCAUAGAAGAGGCCACUGUUUUAUAGCAUCUACACUGCAUGGCGAAUGCACCUGAACCUACCCUUUAUCACGGAGCACUGGCCGACUGGCUGCUGCCCUCUGUUACAUAUCCUUUUCCAUCAGAAUGGCUGAAUGUAAAAAAAACAAUACCCUUGGACUCUGUGCUGGAAGCUGGGUGUCACUGACCAGUGAAAGAUUUCAGAGUAAAAGAGGCUUCAUUGGGAGGCAGAGGAAACCAUACACUUUGUUAUUUUGUGAAGGCAUCUUUCUUUAGGCUGGAUCACACAAUUCUGAAGUGGGAUAUCUUCUGUGUUUACAGCAAUCAUUGCCAAUGCUGAUGUCAAACAAACCCUGUGUAUCAUCAGACUAAUUCAACAGGUGAUUCUCAGCUCUUCCAGAAAAGAAUACAAUUCAUAAUAGGCAUGCUAGUGAGCCAUUUAGCUCUGUGUAAUGCUCUGUACUCACUCUGUCCCAGUACCGAGUGUGUGUCUAGUUAUCUACGCUGUUGGAAGGGGCUAGAACACAAAUUUUAUUUCUACUUGAAAACACAUUGUCACAAGGAAUUCCCAUUUAUAAAUGGGAACAUCUAUACCAGUGCAGCUUAGUCACAACUUUUUGGGCUUUAGUUUGUCUUUCACUUCGUGGACAAGGUGCAUCCCAUAGCCAUUACAUUGGUCCACCUCUGUAUUACUUGUGGCCAGUACAAAAUAACAGUGAAGACUAUUCUUUAAAAUAAUUGUGUAUAAUUAUACUAGGCUAGGGAUGGAACUGCUGAACUCCAGAAAUCAGAGCAUCAUAGAUAUUUAUUACUGUAAUGUGUAUCUAUAGAAAUGAAUGUGGUCGAGUGGCAUAUUGUUUUUGUUGUGCGUAAUUAUGAGAAAUGUCCAACAGAGGGCAGUGUUGCACAUAUUAGUUUGGAUGCUGUCCUUGCCUUUUUGUGAGUCAGAGAGCCUCCUGCUGUGAGGAUCAGCCUUUGGCAUUCGCACACUCAGCACUUACAAAGGUAACACAGCCACAUUUUUCUGUUUUGUUUGUUUUGUUUUUUGUUUUUUUUUUGCUUACCGUUUUUUCCCCUAAAUUUGAAAUUACCAAUUGUGCCUCUUGAAUAUUCUCUGCCAGCUGCACACAUGGGCUCUUCUACUGCACUUCCACUGCGAGACAGUGCCUAUUUUCCGCAGAACAACACAAGAGCUACUGCUAAUUGUAGGAGAAGGGUAACUCUUACUAAUGACAAUUGGUGUAUUUGUAGAAGCAAAUGUGGCAAUAACUUGAGGAAGCCUGGCUAACUCAACCCACUCUACCCCUAGUAAAUGAAGACAAUGCAAACUCUUAUAACAGUCAGCUAAUUGCAUAGCCCAGGCUCGGCUGUGAAGUCUUGGCUAUAUGGCUCAGACUGUGUCUUUGCCAAGUUUCUUUACCUUCUGAAUGUCUUGGCAGACUAUACGUUUCUCCUUUCUUAGUCAUGGCAGCUGAUCUGCUAAAAUCUUCCCCUGUUUCAGAGUGGCUCCUCACUUCUCUGUUUACUUGGUUCCCCACAGAAUAGCAGAGACACUCCCCUUUGCCUCUUUUACCCUGCUGAAAUUCCCAGUGCAGUCAGCACUGUCAUCAUGCUCUUCACCAACUGAUGCUAUGUAUACUGCAUGCCAUUGUGUGGAGUCAGAAAACAAUGAAAAAUUAUACUAACUGUGGUCAAUGCACUGCCAGUCAAGGAUGAAUGUACAUGUUUCAUUCUCAGUAUAAAUUUAUUUGAUUCAAAGCCAA